AUGCAGAUACAAAAGGAUGAAUCUAAAGAAUUAUCUGAAGUUGAUUUAUUGAUGACCAGAAUUGCGAAAUUAGAACAUAUUAUAGAAGAAAAUGCUAAACGUGAAGCUGUAUAUAAGACUAGAAUUAAGAAACUAGACAAAAAAUAUUCGAUUUUAUUUUCA